AUGGCAGAUCUAGAAAAGCAGACCGUCAACGUUGAGGCUCCCGAACUAGAAAAACAAGACCCUAAUCUGGUCGACUUCGAUGGCCCUAACGAUACGGAGAACCCUUUUAACUGGCCGACAUGGAAAAAGGGACGUCAGUUGGUCCUAAUGGCCUUCAAUACAUUCAUAACUCCUCUAGCCUCAUCGAUGUUUACACCGGGAGUUGGCGAUGUCAUGGCCGAAUUUAAUGUAAAAAGCACCAUGCUGGGUUCUUUUGUCGUCUCCGUCUAUAUCCUGGGCUACUGCUUUGGACCUUUCCUGAUCGCACCGCUAUCCGAGAUCUAUGGCCGUGUCCCGCUGUAUCACAGCUGCAACAUCCUCUUCCUGAUCUUCACCAUCGCCUGCGCUGUCGCCCAGACUAUGCCGCAACUGAUUGUCUUCCGCUUGCUGGCAGGAAUGGCAGGCGUCUGCCCGCUGACUAUCGGCUCCGGCACUGUCGCCGACAUGGUUCCCAAGGAGAAACGUGCCGGUAUCAUGGCCAUAUGGGCGAUGGGCCCUAUUCUUGGACCGGUCGUCGGUCCCGUCGCAGGCGGUUUUUUGGCUGAAGCGGAGGGCUGGCGCUGGGUCUUUUGGGUGAUUGCUAUCACUACUGGAGUGAUGAUGUUCCUGACGAUCAUCUGGUAUCGUGAAUCCUACGGCCCCGUAGUUCUCGAACGCAAAGCCGCUCGUCUGCGCAAGGAAACCGGCAACCCUGAUCUCCGCUCAAUUCACUACAAAGGCAAACUCAGCCCUCAUCUGUUCGCAACCGCGCUAGCCCGCCCAUUGAAGCUGCUCUUCUGUUCCCCCAUCGUGUUCCUUAUGGCCUUGUUCGCCGCCACCACAUACGGCUACCUCUACCUCAUGUUCACCACAAUCUCAACCAUCUUCACACAACAAUACGGGUUCGGCUCCGGCUCCGCAGGCCUAUCGUUCCUGGGCUUCGGAAUCGGCAGUUUGAUGGGCCUGCUCAUCACCGGCGGUGUCUCCAAUCGCAUCGCCCAGGAACAUUCCAAGCGCGGCUGUUUCACCCCGGAAUCCCGACUGUUGCCCAUGAUGGUCGGCUGCUGGUUUAUGCCUGCGGGCUUGUUCUGGUAUGGCUGGUCGGCUGAGAGGGGGGACCAUUGGAUUGUGCCCAUUCUCGGCACCUGGUUCUUUGCCAUUGGACUGAUGGCCGUGUUUAUGUCCACCAGCACUUACUUGGUGGAUUCGUAUCUGCGUUACGCGGCUUCCGUCACCGCGGCUAACACGGCGUUGCGGUCGUUGCUUGGUGCCCUGCUGCCAUUGGCGGGUCCGUCGAUGUAUGCCAGUUUGGGACUUGGAUGGGGUAAUUCCCUGCUGGCGUUCAUUUCGCUGGCGAUGUGCGGCGUGCCGUUCCUGUUCUACAAGUAUGGAGAGAGGAUUCGUACCCACCCGCGUUUCCAGGUGAAGCUAUGA